AUGUCGGGUUACCGAGCAGAAGACGACUACGAUUACUUGUUCAAGGUUGUUUUGAUAGGCGAUUCCGGCGUCGGGAAAUCCAACUUGCUUUCUAGGUUUACUCGGAACGAGUUCAGCCUCGAGUCCAAAUCAACUAUCGGCGUCGAGUUCGCCACCAGAAGUUUGACCGUCGACGGGAAAGUGAUCAAGGCUCAGAUUUGGGACACUGCGGGCCAAGAGAGUUGUAUUGUUCGAGAGUUGCUGAAUCUAGUGAUAUUGCUCCAGAAUUGCUCUGUAGCAAUGAAUUUUGCUGUUUAUGGAAGCUGUGCUUGUAGAUUUUGA